AGUUUACCCGCAGGUUCUGGAUCCAGCGGGGUAAUUGGUAAUUAUCCACUGGCUAACUAUCCCUCUCUAUUCAUUCCUCAUCCGACUCGCGAUACAACACGACCCCCGCAACCUCGCCUGAAUGGCAUCGCAGACGCAGACGCAACCGCAGCCACAGCGGCCGCAGAUCCAGCCCUGUCGGUAUAAAACUGGAAAGACUCUAGGGGCGGGCUCCUACUCGGUCGUGAAGGAAUGCGUGCACAUCGACACCGGGCGGUAUUAUGCCGCGAAGGUCAUCAAUAAGCGGCUGAUGACCGGCAGAGAGCACAUGGUGGUCCGAAAUGAGAUCGCCGUGCUCAAGAGGGUCUCCAUGGGCCACCAGAAUAUCCUUACGCUGGUCGACUACUUCGAGACUAUGAAUAACCUCUACCUAGUGACCGAUCUCGCGCUUGGAGGAGAGCUCUUCGACCGUAUCUGCCGCAAGGGUAGCUAUUACGAAUCAGACGCCGCAGACCUCAUUCGUGCGACCCUAUCGGCGGUGGCAUACUUGCAUGACCAUGGCAUCGUCCACCGUGAUCUCAAGCCGGAGAACCUCCUAUUCCGCACGCCAGAAGACAAUGCAGACUUGCUGAUAGCAGACUUUGGUCUGUCGAGGAUCAUGGACGAGGAACAGUUCCACGUUCUGACUACCACCUGUGGAACGCCAGGAUACAUGGCACCAGAGAUCUUCAAGAAGACCGGGCAUGGGAAGCCAGUGGACAUCUGGGCUAUCGGUGUCAUCACCUACUUCCUUCUGUGCGGUUACACGCCUUUCGACCGCGACUCCAACCUCGAAGAGAUGCAGGCCAUCCUCGUCGCGGAUUACUCCUUCACUCCCCUCGAGUACUGGCGCGGCGUGUCAUUGACAGCACGCGACUUCAUCAAGCGAUGCCUGACAAUCGACCCCAAGGCGCGCAUGACUGCUCACGAAGCGCUGCAACACCCCUGGAUUAACCCACCCUUCGACCCUGCCGAUCCAAGCAACUUCGGUUCCGGCGAAGACUUGCUGCCGACAGUCAAGAAGAACUUCAACGCGCGUCGGACACUGCACAAAGCCAUCGACACUGUGCGCGCCAUCAACAAGCUGCGCGAAAGCGGUGGUCUGAUGAUGGAUGGGGUCAUGAGCGUCGACCCGAAGCCGGAACACGUUCACGGAAACCAAGUAUUCGAGGAGAAAGGGCAUGAUGGAGCUAUGGAGAUUGAUAGUCGUUCAAACGCGCGGGGCCAGACGGAGCAGCAGAUUCGAGAUCAAGAGCGGAGAAUCAAGGAGACAGUGACAGGUCUUUGGAGCAAACAAACGACGCACAGGCGUUAAUCGUGAUCAUCAUCAUCAUCAUUGUUCAUCAAUCAGAAUACCAAUACCCGUAUAUCUUAAAGUCAUGUUAUCCGUUGGAAAAGAUCGUGAACUGCCCAAUCUCGAUCUAUGAAUUUUCGCAAUUGGUGCUCUCCUUCUAAACUCUCUUUUCCAAUCAUGGAAGGGACAGGGAAAGACAAGAAAAACGGAAAGAAAGAAAACGCCUAUACAUAUCCUCUUGAAAGUACAUACAUAACCCUCAAUGCUCGGUCUUGUCAUGCGAUGUCCAUGGGCCUAUUAUUCUGGCAAUGCCUUUCUGAAGUGUGCGAUUCUAUCCCGGGGUAACCUGAACAUUCAAGCAUAUAUGAAACCUAGCGUAAUCUGUUUGUAGCUUUUUUCAUCUAUCUUUAGUAGUGUUUUAUGACUGGACGGAUAUGUACAUCAAACUCUAAUUUGAGUAGUUAUUCGGUUCUAUGCGUAAGAAUCCACACUCGUCAUGACUG